AUGACAUUUGUCGGCAAUAGACCUUCUGGACUUCAAUCCUGUCAGGUGCGCCAUGUGCAAACAGAUAUAGAUCGGGAGGGCCUCUACCGCUAUAGACGAGAGAUGGUGGAGGACGUGGAGAAUCGAGGAAAGCGUAUCCAGCAGGCACUCCAUGACUCCGCCCGAGCACGGAAGGAUUUGCAAGGUUGUGUGGAGGCAUUGAGGGAGACCAUGACUGGAGAAGGCAAAAAGAAAAAGGCCAAGGACAAGAACAGGCGUAUGUCUUGGUCAACUGAGCGCUUAGAAGCCAUUCGCAAGAAGCUGGAAGAGUUCAUCCUGACGGGUACGGUGAAGGACUGA